AUGACUUCCUGUCCUACAGUAUCCUUUAAUAACACCUCACUUAUCCCUGUUGAACAAAUCCGAUAUUUAGGACUCUACCUGGAAAAACGUCUCACUUGGAAUUUUCUUACAAGACUGAAACGACAAGAAACUUCUCGACGUUUCCGCUUAUUCCAACACUUACUAGACAAACGCUCUAAACUUUCAAUUAAUUACAAAAGCCUAAUAUACAUGAUUAUAAUAAGGACCUAUUUGGACUUCUUGUGCUAUGGGGCUCCACUAACCUACCAAAUUCCUCUCGUAUCAAUUCUUACAGUCCAAAAUCCUUCCUUAAAUCCUCAAUGCUCCUUGAUUUAUGAAGUUAAAGGAAUCACCUUGAAGCAGGCUCCAUCUUCACCAGAGGGAAAGAUGACCGAGGAAGGACAAAUGAACUCGGAAGGAAUGAAAGGUCUCGUCAGAGAAAUACCAGAUAUAAAGGAAGGUGAAUUAAAGAAACUGGAACAAGUAGCAGAUAAAUGUGGAGAAGCCUCACUUGGCGAAGAUCGGUGUGAGAAUGCAGUUACAAUCUACGACUGCAUAAACACAGUAGCAGAUGAGAUUCACUUGGAACCCCCAUACCAGACUGAAACGACUAGAAACCGCCCGACGUUUUCGAUUACUGCAGCACUUAUAGACAAACGUACUAAACUUCCAACUAUUUACAAAAGACUCACAUAUAUUACUAUAAUAAGGUCUAUUUGGACUUACGGGAUCGAGCUUUGGGGUUCUACUAAACCAUCAAAUUCCUCUCGUAUCCAAUCCCUACAAUCCAAAAUCCUUCGUAAAAUCCUCAAUGCUCCUUUCUAUGUCACAAAUGAUAUAAUCCAUAAAGACCUUAAUGUUCCAUAUGUUUCUGAUUUAGCUCAAUCUAGAUACCCAUCCUUCCAUAAUAAACUUCUGAACCAUCCGAAGCCUCUUAUUUCCAACCUUGCUUCUUCUUCUAUUCCUGAUAACCCACCAAGGAGUCUGAAAAGAAGAUGGCCUCGUGAUCUCCUUAUGUAG